AUGACAGACGUGAUUUUUUUAAACCUGAUUCUACUCUAUAUACCUACAAUUCAUACGAUUGCUAUUGGAAUAGUAUAUGACUACACAUAUAUUGGUACUGAAAAUCAGAUCUUUUUCAAUAAAACAUUUGAUGAAUGUAUUUGUCAAAUGAUUAAUUUAAAUAACAAUUCAAUAUCUCUUAUGAAUUAUUUUAAUUCAAAUGAAACGUGCCAAUUGUUCAAUUUAAAUAAUAAUUCAUUGACAAUUGAAUCUUAUUCGAAUGUUACAAUGGUAUUUCUUAAUCGAACAUCGAUUAUUGUAACAAUAAUCUCAACACAUGAAUCAACAUCCACAACAACUGCAUCACUGAAAGGAUGGACAACGAUGAAAAACUUGAAUAUUGCCCGAAAUAAACAUACUGCAUCAGUUUUAUCGAAUGGAUCAGUAUUAGUUGUUGGUGGACAGAAUGAUAACGCUUUUCUUAACAGUGCUGAACUGUAUGAUCCAUCUACUAAUAUAUGGUCAAUAACAGGGAAUAUGAAAACUACUCGAUGUUACCACACUUCAUCACUCUUAUUAACUGGGAUAGUACUAAUAACAGGUGGACAAAAUAGUGUUGCUUCUCUGAAUAGCGUAGAAUUAUUCAAUCUAUCUACAGGUAAUUGGACAACAACGAGAAAUAUGAGUAUCACACGAUACUACCACACAGCAUCACUCUUACAAAACGGAAAAGUAUUAGUUGCAGGUGGUUCUGCUAAUAGUGGUUAUGUCAACAGUGCUGAAUUGUAUGAUCCAUCGAUAAACACUUGGUCAACUACAGGAAAUAUGAAUUCUGCAAGAUUUAGACAUACUGCAUCAGUUUUACUUAACGGAACAGUCUUAGUUGCAGGUGGAUAUAAUAAUAAUGCACCUCUGUAUAGUGUUGAAUUAUAUAAUCCAUCUACAGGAAAUUGGACAACAAUGGCGAAUAUGACUGUUGCACGAUAUUCUCAUACCGCAUCUCUUCUACAAAAUGGAAAAGUGUUAGUUAUUGGUGGUUAUGGUAACAGUAAUUCUCUGAACAGUGCUGAAUUAUAUAAUCCUUCAACAAAUAGUUGGAUAACAACAUCGAGUAUGACAACUGCGCGAUACUUUCAUACAGCGACUGUUUUAUUGGAUGGAACAAUUUUAGUAACAGGUGGACAAAGUCAAAAUAAUGUUUAUCUCAAUAGUGCUGAAUUAUACGAUCCAUCAACAAAUAAUUGGACAAUACUAUCGAAUAUGAGUACUAUACGACAUUCUCAUACCGCAUCACUUUUAUUUGAUGGUACUAUAUUAGUUGCAAGUGGAUCAAAUGGAAAUGUUUCUCUGAAUACAAAUGAAUUAUAUUGA